AUGGCGGAAGGGAAAAAGGAAACGAUUCGCCUGGAGCCUGAAUCUGUCAUCCCUAUCCUCAAACCCAAGCUCAUCAUGACCUUGGCUAAUCUCAUUGAACAUAGCAAUGACAGGCAAGAGUUUCUCAAGCUCUGCAAGAGAAUUGAAUACACUGUCCGAGCUUGGUAUAAUCUUCAGUUUGAAGAUUUGAUGCAACUAUACUCUCUUUUUGAUCCUGUACACGGCGCCCAGAAACUCCAGCAGCAGAACCUUACUUCUCACGAAAUUGACGUGCUUGAACAAAAUUUCCUCGCUUACUUGUUUCAGGUUAUGGAGAAGAGCAACUUUAAAAUAACAACAGAUGAAGAGAUCGAGGUUGCACACUCUGGGCAGUAUCUUCUCAAUCUUCCCAUCAAAGUUGACGAGUCAAAGCUUGACAAGAAACUACUCAAGAGAUAUUUUGAGGAGCACCCACAUGAAAAUCUUCCAGACUUUUCUGAUAAUUAUGUCAUCUUCAGACGUGGUAUUGGAAUGGAUAGAACCACAGAUUUCUUUUUCAUGGAGAAACUGGAUGUGAUCAUAUCACGUUUUUGGUCCGCUCUCCUGAGAAUCACUAGGUUAGACAAGUUACGUGCUAAUAGGUCAAGCAGACUUCACAAGAAAGAUCCCCAAAAAGAUGAUGAGACAAACCCUGAAGCAGAUAAUGAGGACUUGUAUGUGGAGCGCAUUCGCCUUGAGAAUACACGAUUGAGCUUCAAGAGUUUCUUGAGCAAGCUCACAAUACAGGAGCCUACAUUCGAUAGAAUGAUUGUUGUUUAUAGGCGAGCUAGCUCUAAAACAAAUCUAGAAAGAGGAAUCUACGUCAAGCAUUUCAAAAACAUUCCUAUGGCCGACAUGGAGAUUGUGCUUCCUGAGAAAAGAAAUCCUGGACUGACUCCAAUGGACUGGGUCAAAUUUCUGAUAUCUGCCGUAGUUGGUCUGGUUGCCGUGCUUACGUCGGUUGAGAUGCCGAAAGCAGAUCCAUGGCCAAUAGUUACUUAUCGCAAGUUGUUUUACUUCAGUUUCCAGCAGAACAUGGCUACAUACCAGAACUUGAUAACGCAGUCAAUGUAUGAUAAACAACUAGACAGCGGGAAGGGUACGCUGCUACACUUGUGUGAUGAUGUAAUUCAGCAAGAAGUAAAAGAGGUGAUGAUUUCCUUCUACAUACUCAUGGAGCAGGGGAAAGCUACCUUGGAGGAUCUGGAUCUGAGGUGCGAGGAACUGAUAAAGGAAGAGUUUGGUGAAAGGUGUAACUUUGAUGUGGACGAUGCAGUCCAGAAGCUAGAGAAGCUGGGGAUCGUUGCUCGGGACACCAUUGGAAGGUACUACUGUAUGGGGUUGAAGCGGGCCAACGAGAUCAUAGGGACCACGACGGAGGAGCUUGUCCUCAAGGCCAAACAGGGUGUCACCCCUUCUUGA